GCCAUCGGCUACAGAGAUCGGUUGGACGUUUCCGACGACUACCACAUAACCCUAGUUGUAGAUAACCUCGGUUUCGCUAUGGGCCUGUUUCUGGAAUCAUCGCUGAGUGAAUUCCUGGCAGUAGCCCUGGUAGCGGCGGCGGCUGUCUACACUUGGUACUCUCACCGCUACAGCUAUUGGACCAAGAAGGGGGUAUCGCAGGCACCAACCGUGAUCCCAUUUGGCAACAUCGCGAGAGUGUUUCUUGGACUGACUCGUCUGGAAUUCAUCUUCCAAGAGCUCUACAAGCGUUUCCGAGAUCAGAGGUACGUGGGAGUAUAUCUCUUCAGCAAACCAGCUCUGUUGCUGGUCGACCCAGACCUCAUCCGACUGGUGCUAGUCAAGGAGUUUGAUGCAUUCUCCCACAGAAAUGUUCAUUUCGAUGAGAAAGACCCACUGAGUUAUCAUUUAUUCAACUUAAACGGAGGCAGAUGGAAGAGACUGCGAGCUAAGAUGUCGCCUGCCUUUACGACAGGAAAGCUCAAAAUGAUGUGCCAAACAAUGCAGGACUGUGGAAGCCAAUUGGUGGAGGUGCUGGAGGAGCCAGCGAAGAAGGGCCAGAUCCUGGAGAUGCGGGAGAUAGCCGCCAGGUUCACCACCGACAUCAUCGCCUCCGUCGGUUUCGGACUCGAGAGUAAUUCUCAACGAAACCCGGACGCAGAGUUCCGCCGCUGGGGACGAAAAUUAUUCGAAUUUUCGAUUAAGUCGAGGAUUGCCAAUCUCAUGUACAAGUUCAUUCCAGUUGUGGCUAAAGCUCUAAGGUUAAAGGGAAGCGCUAGAGACGUCAUAAUAUACUUUCGGGAUGUGGUGAAGAGUACUGUGGAGUACCGCGAACAACACAGCGUUGUCCGCAAUGACUUCCUGCACCUGAUGAUACAGCUCAAGAACAAGGGUUUCAUUGACGAACAAAGCAAAACAGGAUCCCAAGAAAUUGAUAACUGGAAAUUUACGAUCGACGACGUGACAGCACAGUCGAUCCUGUUUUACGCCGCAGGAUUCGAAACAUCGUCGACAACCAUGAGUUUCGCGCUGUAUGAGUUGGCUCUCAAUCAAGACGUACAGAAGCGACUGCACGAGGAGGUGGACGCGACGCUGAAAGAGCACGGAGGACAGUUGACGUACGAAGCCAUUUCCAGCAUGAAGUAUCUGGACAAGGUCGUCGCAGAGACCCUCAGAAAACACCCACCGGGAGCUGGCACUGACCGAAGAUGCGCACGCGACUUCCAGCUUCCCGAUGGUGGGCCUCUUAUUGAGAAAGGAACGCCUGUGUUCAUCCCGAUAUACGCCCUCCACCACGACCCCGAGUAUUACCCAGAGCCACAACGUUUCGAUCCCGAGAGGUUCUCAGAAGAGCAGAAAGCGGCGAGACAUCCAUAUGUGUACAUGCCGUUUGGUGAAGGCCCUCGGAACUGUAUAGGUAUGCGGCUGGGUCUUCUUCAGGCUAAGAUCGGUCUGGCGUACAUGAUGUCCAAAUAUGAAGUUCGCCGAUGUGAAGAAACCAAGGUGCCUCUUCAGUACAGUGCAUGGUCCGCGGUUCUGAUGUCUACUACUGGUAUACAACUGAAACUAGUUCAGAGGAAGUAAUAAAAGAUAUCUCACUGGUUACUCUCAACCGUCUUUCCCGUUAUUUGUUUGUGUAACUUUUUAUACUAUUUGUUUUGUAAAUAUCAUCUUUGUGGUUGGAAAUGGUGAGGACACAAUAAAUUAUUUCAUUCCAGCUACAAAAUAUUGUUUGUAGUAAAUUUUUUAUUCACCUGUUGCGUAGUUCGUCAACGUUUCCUGCAGUUCAAGGAGGAUUCAGGACCUUCAAUCACCCUUUGAUACUUUAAGUCUUUGGAAAAAAUGAAGUGCAGGGACAUUGUUGUGCGAUCGUACGUAAUCCAAGUGACCACCAUCAGAAACGAAAUAAUGGCAUUGUCGCCCUCUGAGAAAACUGCCGUUGUGACUGGUACGAUGGCUCUUCUAGACUAUUUGACGUAUUCUUGUAGAGCCUUCAGUAUUUUUGGCCUCUUUCAAUAAUCUUCGUCCUUCGGGAUUUCACACUGAAGAGACUAACAGGUGUUAGAUGCUGAGGCGAAACCAUGUACUCAACUGUACC